AUGACAGCAACCGGCAAUGGAGUAUCAGCGUCAUCAUCUCAGCCCCGCCUUGAGCAGUUGCCAGUCGAGCUCUUAGACAAGAUUGCCGCCAUUUUACCCUUGGAAGAUUUCACAAACUUUCGACUAUCUUCUCAUCUAAUUGCAGAAUGCACAAAACCGCAGCUGGCAUUGGCCCAUUUCAACGGUGUGCCUUGGAGAACCGAUGGCCAGCGUCUGCACAAUCUGUCGCUUGAACCGAGUUGCGCAAGACGCAUCCGCUCCGUCAAGUUCAAUAUGGCGCGCAUGGACGAGGUAGAGGUUGAUAACGCCAUGGAAGAUACCCUUGAUGAUGCGGAUCUUGAGGCCAGAUGGGGUCCUUAUCGCGAAACACAAGAUCUAUUCUUAGGAGAAAUCGAGUUACCGCUCGACCUAGUCAUUCCUGCGUUGAAGAGGUUGCCAAAUCUCGAUACUGUGUCCCUAACAUGGACAGAGUGCCCAUGGGAAGGGCAUCGUGAUAUCGAGGACACUUUUAACUCAGAAAUGUCUAUAGAAUUGGCUGAGGGUGAGAUAUACAACACACAACAAUCCGUCCUCGAGGUUCUGCUUCAGCGCAACACUCCCAUGAAGAGCCUGACCUUACAGCCCUUCAUGCAUACGGAUGUCAGCAUACCGCCGGGCCUAGAGGCCAACAUCCCAACAGUCUUGGGGUCGGUGACCCAACUGCACGUCGAGUUGAACUACAGCGUGCCUCAUCUCUGGCCAAAGCGCUUCGACAACUUUAUUUCAUUCCUAACCAACCUGCGAGACCUCUGCGUCCAUACGCACGCGGUAGAAAACCCGGCUCCCGACCUUGACUUCUUCAUCACGAAAAGACUGGAGCAUCUCGAAAAACUUGACCUAUCCUACCUGCACUUCAACUUUGUCAACUUUGCUAGUCUGAUCAAGAACCACGGCUCGACGCUCAAAGUGGUCAAACUCCAGACCUUGAGAGGCUGGUGCGACCCUUUCAACCCGGCCGAGCUUGACUGGGACAUGAUGUUCAGGCUUAUGAGCGACAGGCUGGAGGUGCUACAGGAAAUAGAAAUCACUGGCAAGUUUAGUGACAACGUGGGCUGGCAUCAGAUGUUUUGGCGCGAGGACAUGAAACAUGUAAUGGAGUUGCUUCGGAAUUGGGGUGAGAUGAGCCAGCCACUUGAGAAGUAUAUCUUGGAGGGAGGAGAAUAUCCCCAGCCAAGAUGGAGCAUAUGA